CAGCCGGGAUGGUCCGAGGUCCGGCUGCAGCCGUCGUGCUAAUUGUAGGCGGAAAGGAAAGGGUGUUCCUCAUACAGCGCGGGCGACGAGGCUUCCUUUCCGGUGCCACACGUAAUGUCGUCGCACGCUCCCCGCUCUCGCGCCGUUGCCUAGGAGACUGGAAGCGGGCGGGUAACGGUGCGCCGGGAGUCGGCGGCGCGUACCUGGCCCCUGCCGGCCUCGAGAGAAGCGGCCCCACAGCGCGCGGGUCAUUCGGGGCGAGGAGCCGUUUCCUCAGCCUCCAUGUGGCUCGUUGCCUCGCAGCCGGACAGCGAGAUGCCAAUAUUAGGGCAGCACCCCUUCAGCUAGAAAACAGGAAGGCUGGUUUUCUCCCAUCAGGAAGCAAGAAGUUUUAUUUUGACACCCAUGCCCUAGUGAGCCUUAUGGAGGAAAAUGGUUUCACCACUCAGCAAUCUGAGAUUAUUGUGUCUGCUUUAAUAAACACCAUUAACAGCAACGUGGCUGUGAUGUACAAGGACAUAGUCACCAAAGUACAACAGGAAAUAGCUCUUCAGCAGAUAAUGUCCCACAUAGAUGUGUUGAAAAAAGAUAUGAUCAUUUUGGAGAAGAGUGAAUUUUCCACACUUCGGUCAGAAAAUGAGAAAAUACAACUUGAACUUCAGCAGCUAAAAAAGCAAGUAAUGGAUGAAACUUCCAAAGUUCGGACAGACAGCAAAUUAGAUUUUAACCUAGAAAAGAGCAGAGUAAAAGAAUUGUAUUCACUUAAUGAUAGAAGACUGUUGAAAAUGAGAACAGAAAUUGUGGAACUGCAUUCACAGCAAGAUCGAGCAUUAACAAAGACAAACAGGAAAAUAGAUACAGAAGUUGCAGGACUGAAAACAAUGCUUGAAUCUCACAAACUUGACAACAUCAAAUAUUUAGCAGGUUCUGUAUUUACAUGUCUUACAGUAGUACUGGGAUUUUACCGUUUAUGGAUAUAACAAACUAUUUUUGAAAGGACUCAUAUUACCUUGCCUUAAAAGAAACAAAGACACAUUGUUGCCUAGCUGAAAUGUAGAUCCAACUUUGAAUGGAGCUGCCACGAUUUUAUUUUGUUAAACUGUGGAAUGUAACCAAAGAAUGUGCCUGAACACUGAUACAUAUGUCAGAAUAUUUACAGCAACUCUACUUUAAUUAGUCAGUCAUAUUUUGCACCCCUUAAUCUUUGGGUCUCUCUAG